GGAAGCACAGGGUAGACAUCUAGUCCAACGUGUUAAACCUAAGAAUACCCCUGUGAGCUGAACUCCUCACCGAUGACUUUGGAUUGUGCACCGCACACAGUCCCACGCUUGUACAUUGCUGAAGUCAUGGAUCUGCCGUACGUUAUGAAACUGAUCUCUCUUGCUGUGCUGUUGGCCCUUUCUCUUUAAGAGAUGGCUCAAUCUCCAAACUGGCAUCCAGAAGCUCGGAGUGUAUUCUUUCACUGAACUUCAAAUACCUACCUCCUACCUGCCAAAAAAUAAAACAUGUAUAGUCUGUCAGUAUUUCUUUAAAAUUUCCAACGCUCUGGCACAGUGAAUUCUCGUCUUUCUUCAAGGCAUCUUGGCAAGGAGCGGCAAUUUCCAAAUAAUUGCUAGAUGUUUUUUGUGAAAUUUCAAAGUCUUGGUGUCAAUGAUCCGUAUGUUGAAACGUUUUUGGAAAUAAUGAGUGGCAAGGAUGGGGGAGUUGUUCAGCAUGAGCCAGUACUGUUGAAAAUAACUCUCUCUGAUUUGGAGAAUGGAUUGUGACGGCCUUGCUAUCUUCUCAGAAUUGCAUUCCAACAUAUUGUGACUGAUUUGCCAACGACAUAGAAGGGAGGUGAACCUGGAUUUAGAACCUUGCUUUUCCUGUCAAGUGUUGUCCAGGGAGGAACAAAUCUGUGAUGAGUCUUUGCAAUUUGAAUGCAAGCUGUUAAAACCCGUGUGUGCCUAUGUUAUCUGCAGUCUCCGAAGCAAUUCCUUUCCAUCCUUUCAGUUUGGAAACUCCUCACAUUGGAUCAGAUAUCCCGAUCAGUGUGCUACUUGAGAAUAAGCUUGUUCUCUUUGAAUGUAUCACAAUUAAAAUAAUUAAAUAAAUCCUGGGCUUCCCUACUGUUGUUGACCCUGAAUCACUGGACUUGGAGAAAGCUAUUACACAUCUGAUUUAAAGUGGCAUUUAUUCCCAAAAUUGAAGUUUAUGCGUCAUUGGGGAUUACAGAUAGUAGUUUCCCUGUCAUGUUGCGUACAGUGUUUCAGUAGCCUGUUGCCAUGGUGACACAAGUUGGGAGAAGCAAGCAUGGCCAGUGUGUUGUCAUGAAGAAUUAAAUGAAUUACAGUGGAUCAGCAGCCUGCAGAGGAACUUCCCGCAGUUAUUUCUUAUCAUUGUUGUCGUCUCUGAAUGUUCCCUGCCAAGAGCAAUGAUGGAAUUCCUGCUGACAUUCCUACGGAAUAAGCAUCUGAUGAAGCGAAAGUCAGAGAAUGGCCUUGAUGUGCGAGCACUGUCACCAGGAAAGAAGCUGUGCAAAGGGUCAGAGUAUUCCAGUUCUUUAUCACCUUGUAUAAAUACUGCCACGACAUUUGGAGAUCUACGCAAUGGUAACAUCCCAGGUCAGCAUCGGAAACGCAUUACAUCAGUAGCGCCUCCAUCAGAUCUUCAGGAGUGGCUUAGCAUGUUCCAGAAGUGGAGUGGCCCUGAGAAGCUGCUGGCAUUGGAUGAGCUCAUUGAUCGCUGUGAGACUUCGCAGAUCAAAUACAUGAUGCAGGUCAUUGAACCUCAGUUCCAACGAGACUUCAUUUCCCUCCUUCCAAAAGAGCUGGCACUCUACGUCCUGUCAUUUCUGGAGCCACGAGAUCUGCUGCGGGCAGCACAGACUUGUCGGUACUGGCGCAUCUUAGCUGAGGAUAACUUGCUCUGGAGAGAGAAAUGCAGGGAAGAAGUGAUUGAGGAGCCCCUGUACCUUCGGCGGCGUCGGAUGCUCAGUACUGGUUUCAUGUACAGUCCCUGGAAAUCUGCCUUCAUGAGGCAGCAUAAAAUUGACACAAACUGGCGUUCUGGAGAGAUAAAACCUCCAAAGGUGCUGAAAGGUCAUGAUGAUCAUGUCAUCACUUGCCUGCAGUUCUCAGGAAAUCGGAUUUUGAGUGGUUCCGAUGACAACACACUCAAAGUAUGGUCUGCAAUAACAGGCGAGUGUGUGCAGACGCUGGUUGGACACACAGGUGGAGUUUGGUCCUCCCAGAUGAGAGGGAAUAUCGUUAUCAGUGGCUCGACAGACCGUACCCUGAAAGUAUGGAAUGCAGAAACGGGUGAAUGUAUUCACACGCUUUACGGACACGCCUCCACUGUACGCUGCAUGCAUCUCCAUGGCAACAAGGUAGUGAGUGGGUCAAGAGACGCUACACUCCGAGUAUGGGACAUAGACACUGGCCGAUGCCUACAUACAUUACUGGGACAUGUGGCUGCAGUACGAUGUGUGCAGUACGAUGGGAAGAGGGUUGUGAGUGGUGCCUAUGAUUACACAGUAAAGGUCUGGGAUCCAGAAACUGAAACCUGUGUGCACACACUUCAGGGCCACACCAACAGGGUCUACUCACUUCAGUAUGAUGGUGUCCACAUUGUCAGUGGCUCCCUCGACACUUCAAUACGAGUGUGGGAUGCAGAAAAUGGGAACUGUUUGCACACUUUAAUGGGACACCAGUCUCUGACGAGUGGCAUGGAACUGAAGGAUAACAUCCUGGUAUCUGGGAAUGCAGAUUCCACUGUGAAAAUCUGGGAUAUCAAGACGGGUCAAUGUUUGCAAACAUUACAAGGUCCAAACAAACACCAGAGUGCUGUCACAUGCCUGCAGUUCAUCCAGAAGUUUGUGGUCACCAGUUCUGACGACGGGACAGUGAAACUGUGGGACCUGAAAACGGGUGAAUUCAUUCGUAACCUGGUGGCGCUUGAGAGUGGAGGCAGUGGUGGUGUGGUUUGGAGACUCAGAGCUUCCAAAACAAAACUCAUUUGUGCAGUGGGCAGUCGGAAUGGAACAGAGGAGACAAAGCUGCUAGUCCUGGAUUUUGAUGUUGAUAUGAAAUGAGCUGGGCUUGGCUGGGAAGUGUUGGCACACGUGUCUGCUCACUCACUGGGCCUAGCAUGGCCAGCAAUCUGCAAUCAAACUCCAUGCAAUCCAUUCCAAUUUGCCAAAGAAGACUUGACCUUAUGGGGAAAUCGGAGGGGGAUCUGCAACAGCAGUGGAAUGAGAAAGGCAGGCACUGCCUUUACAAACCCACUGCACUCAAGCCGGGAGUGAUUUGGGAAAGAUUUAAAGCACCUUAUAAUGGAGCCAUCACAGAGGGAUCCAUCUCUGAUGAUGACGAGACACUUGAAGACACUUUAAAAAGACUUGCCAAAAUUGUUAGUAACAGAAACUUGUACAUAAAGAGGAUAUAUCUGUAUAUUAUAUAAAUGUGUAUCUAUGUGGAUGAAUGAAAUGAGCAUCCUUAACUACAUGUCUAUAUAUUGAACUUGGGUAACCGGGGGAAAAGCUAAUCUAUACGUGUGUGUGUGAGAGAGAGAGAGAGAGAGAGGAUGGUGCUAAACAGUCCUGCGUGUGUGUGCUAGUGUGUAAGGUUUUCACUGUCAUGAGGCUACAAAGUCAGCCCCCUUGUAUAUUGUGUAAAAUGUAUGGGGUUUUUUGGGGGGUUGGAACAACAGCAUUAAGUAUAAAUGCUGAACUUUUUUUAAAAAAAAAUAACAAUAAAAUUAUUGAAAUACA